GACGGUGGAGUCACAGUCACAUGGUCUGUCCUCACCGACAGAACAACCGUCGGAGUUCAGCACAGACCGGAUUACACAGACCGGAUUACCGAACCCGGACCGCGCAGACCGGAUUACCGAACCCCGGACGGGAUGGCGCUGCGGGACGAGCUGCUGAAGUCCAUCUGGCACGCGUUCACGGCCCUGGACGUGGACCGGAGCGGGAAGGUGUCCAAGUCCCAGCUGAAGGUUCUGUCUCAUAACCUCUGUACGGUGAUGAAGAUCCCCCACGAUCCGGUGGCGUUGGAGGAACAUUUUAAAGACGACGAUGAGGGUCCGGUGUCCAACCAGGGAUACAUGCCCUACCUCAACAAGUUCAUCCUGGAUAAGGUGUCCGAUAACUUCGACCAGCAGGACUUCAACAGGAUGUGCUGGACCUUGUGCUCCAGGAAGAACCUGGACCAGAGUAAGCUGAUCAUCUCCAAUGACGACGCCUUCAAGGUCUGGUGCAUCUUCAACUUCCUGGCCGAGGACCGGUACCCGCUGGUCAUCAUCACGGAGGAGAUUGAGUACUUCCUGCGGAAGCUGACGGACGCCAUGGGCGGGAGUUGGGUGGAGGAACGCUUCGAGGACUACAGACUGCACCUGAACGCCCGGCAGCAGAACCUCAGCGUCUGGGAACUCAUCGGCCUGGUGGGUUCUGGACACUUCAGCAAAGGCAUGGACCGCCAGAGCCUGUCCAUGGGCAUCAACGAAGUCUACCAAGAGCUGAUCCUGGACGUCCUCAAACAGGGAUACAUGAUGAAGAAAGGCCAUAAGAGGAAGAACUGGACGGAGCGCUGGUUCGUCCUGAAGCCCAGCUCCAUCUCCUACUAUGUGGGCGAAGACCUGGUGGAGAAGAAAGGAGACAUCCAAUUGGACGGAAGCUGCUGCGUGGAGGCGAUGCAGGACAAGGAAGGAAAGAAAUGUCUGUUCCUCAUAAAGUCACAGAAGAGUUUCGAGAUCAGCGCCUCGGACAAGAAGAAGAAGCAGGAAUGGAUCCAGGCCAUCCAGACCUGCGUCACGCUGCUGCGUCAGGGUCGACCGGCGCCGCAUCGAGAAGCACGACAGAAACGACGCGAACAGAGGCUGAAACAACAGGCGGAACAAGAAGAACUAGAACUGAGGAUGAAAGAACUGCAGAUGGCAAACGAGGCUAAGCAGGUGGAACUGGAGAACAUGAGGAAGGUGCUGGAGGAGGCGACAGCGAACGCAGCAGAAGAAGAACAGCGGCGUCUUCAGACCCAGACGGAGCUGCAGGACCGGUACCGGAUGGACCUGGAGAGAGAGAAGAUGGUCCGGCUGCAGAUGGAGGAGCAAGUGGCCCAGAAGUCCACCGAGCUGGAGCAGUACCUCCAACGGGUCCGAGAGCUGGAGGACAUGUACCGGCAGCUGGAGGACGCCCUGGAGGACGAACGGCGAGCCCGGCAGGACGAGGAGGAGGUCCGCAGGCUGCAGGCGCGGCUCCUGGAGGAGGAGUCAUCGAAGAGGGCGGAGCUAGAGCAGGUCCACCUGAGGCAGCAGAAGGCGAUCAGUGAGACAGAGGCGGAGAAGGAGGAGCUACAGAGGGAGAGGAGGGAGAAGGAGGAGGCGCUGGAGGAGGCCAUGAGGCAGCUGGAGGGGCUAGAGGAGGAGCGGAAGGGGGCGCUGGAGCAGUACCAGAUGGUGAUGAAGAAGCUGGAAGACGCAACCAACAACACCAAGACGUGGAAACACAAAGUGGCCAAACAGGAAGGACUGUUACGCCUCAUCCAACCAGGGGCCAAAGGUCAAAGGUUAAUCACCAACUGGGGUCCGGCAGCGUUCUCUGAUGCAGAGCUCAGUCUGAGGGAGAAGAAGUGGCAGGAGAUGAAGAGUCAGGGCCAGUAGACGCCAACCGCCGCCAAGAUGGGCGGAGUCAGCAAGACGGGCCAGAUGAGGAUGGCGGCGAGGAGGCGUCUGGUUAAAAGACAUCAAAAACCACCAGUGAACCCAAUCGAUCGUUCAAUCGCAGAUCAACAGGAAGGUGUGUGGAGUGGGCGGGUCUAAAUUCACUCCAGGUCCAAUGAGCCUGGUCCAAUCAGAAUAAAUACAUUUAAAACAGGUUAUUUUAAACUAUUAAACAUGUCCCAUAAACCAAACUCCGCCUCCACAGAACGGCGGCGUUGUUAAACAUAAACAUACCCGCCCUCACAAUCAUAUCACCUCCUCCUCCUGUUGCCCCGCCCUCACCCUGUGUGAGGCUGUGAUUGGCUGGAGGUACAACUCAAUACCCAAUGGUUAACGCCCACAAAUGUCUCAAACAGCAAAACAAGAGUAAAAUAUGAAAUACUUUAACUUUAAAAUGUGUAAAAGACAUGAAUGAAACCCGACUCCUGCUGAGGAGGGCGGGACGGGGGCCUGUAGAUGAAAAUGGACCUUUACAAGAAAAAAAUGUCUGAAUAUCUUACAUUUUCUGAGUUAAAAGUUGUAAAUUAACAGUAAAAAUUUGCUCAUAUUUGGUGUAAUUACAGAUUAAUGUUAAUUCCUGUCAAGUAUCAAGCACCAGAACACAGCAGGAAAAUCAACUCAGUUAAUUAUUAACCCUUUCAUCCUGUUCGAAGGUGUUUUUCUUCAUCAUGACAAGUUUUAAUUAAACUAAAGAAAAACUGUGUGAGUAGGAAAACAUGGUAAUGCAUCAGCUAAAACACAGUAAGUCAUAGUCAUGCAUUUUAUUAAUGGGCUUUAUUUAAUAGGACAAACAGAACAAGAACCGUUAAUUUACAUGAACAAAUUAAAAAAUAAUAAAGAAAAUGUAAGAAAAUAGCAGAAUUUUUAAAGGUGGGAUUUGAGGCUUAUUAUGAUUUUCGCAAAAAAGGCACAAAUUUUUGGGAAAAAAACUCAAACAGGAAAAUGGGAAAAAUCCCACUAAAACUGAGUCAGUAAACACAUCACAUCUGAAAUGAACUGUAAUAAAGAAGUAAAUGAGUGAAAUGAUCAGAUUAACUGUAUAAUGUAGAUCAGGAGGUUUUUUUAAUCAUAUGUGUAGUUUUUCUUUAUAGUUGGGACUCUAAUAUUAACUAUUGAUCGAUUAUUGGACCAGAUUCUAAUGUAAAUGUGUACAUGUAAAUGUGUGUUGGAUACAGAUCCAUUAUCAGGGUGAUGGGUUUAAGGGUUAACCCAGUGAAUCCGGUUAACUCUGACCUGGUUAACUCUGACCCGGUUAACUCUGUCAAUAUUUAACUGUUUGUUUCCAUCAUCUGAUCUGAACUAAACCUGAUAGUUUUUGUCAUUUAUUUGUUUUUAUUUGCAUGUAAAUAAAUAAAUAAAUUCAUAAAUGAACAUUGA